AUGACAGGAUAUGUUAGAGGAGUUUGUAAAAAGGAUAACAUUGAACAAGGAAUAUUUGCUACUGGAAAAGGAGAAGAAACAGUAACUGUAAUAUCAGGCUCAACUGAUGCUUCAUUAACCCCUUAUCAUGUCGAUAGAGGCAAAUUAUUUGUUGAGGAAAGAUUUAGUGGACAUUCUCUGAUUAAGGUAUCAGUUAUUCAAAAGAAUAUUGAGCUCACUAGAUUCCCAGUUCCAAUUGGAGAAGAUCCAAAAGAUUCUAAUGGGUAUCCAGGUAUUGUUAGAGCAGCUGAUUUAAUUGGUCAAUUAUCAGAACCUCGUUAUUUACAAAAAAUUGCAGCUCUCUAUUAUGAAUUUGCAGAAACAGGAACAGCAAUCAAGCUUGGUUACAAAUGCCCAGGUGAUUUGAGAAACUCCUAUCCUAAAUUCUAUUGGAAAUCAGUUUAUCCUUAUAUUAAGAAUAUUUUACCAUUCCUCAACACAACUCAAGAAGGUAAAUUCUAUCUUGCUGGUCUCUAUGCCAAUGUCUUCAGCGUUGAGCAUCUUGAAGGAUCAAUCUCUCCUGUCGAUGAAGCUCCUGUAAAUGUUGAACACUAA